GGUAGAGAGAGAGAGAGAGAGAGAGAGACGAUGACACGGCACGUGGUCGGAUAUAGCUGUUCAAGGCUCUAUCGAGACGCGUAUAUGCUGCGGGUCGAAGGCGCAAAACGGAGCAACGUCGCGCCUGGCGCAGACCAGCACGGCUUACGUCUCGCAGCCGGAGCGCGAAUCAACGAUCGAGUAUCAUAUAUAAAGUCGAGAGUAGGCACAUGCCCGUUUCGACUGGCGGACUUUCGGAGCGGCAAGUCAGUACACGAGAGCUCUCCGCGGUGCUGCAGCUCGCUUAUAGUAGUGGCCGCCGCGCGACACGAUCGGAAACGACGACUAGUAGCAAUUCGACUAGAGAGUGCACAAUCGCGCUUAUAUCUAUACACUGUACGGGAAAAAGAACUAACGAUCUGCUGCUGGCGUUCGGUCAUUGGUGAUUCGACUCGAUCGGGGCACGUACAUGCACACUCUCUCUCAGGGACUCGUAUAAGACAGCUCUCGUAUCUAUACUCGGAUCGCGAUAUUACGCUCGUGUGCGUCGCUCGUCGCGCAUGUAAACAUUAUGUAAACCUCUGCAAGACACUCCGGACUCGUGCUUCAAGGAGGGACGUUCGACUGGACAUGAUAAUAUCGCCGUGAACUACAAGUGCUCGACGAGCUGCCAAGAGUCGGCUCGGGACAAUCGUUUUUUAAGCCUCUUGGUGCGGUACGUGCAGUGCGAAGCUCGCAAACUGGCUCCGGAAGUGAGGAUCAAGCAGAUUGGAAUGAGGGAGGACCUGCUCUCGAUAAUACGUCACACCAGCAGCGAUCACUUUUCGGAAAAGCUCUAGCGGUUGCUCCACAGCAGCUGGGAUUAUCGAGCUGGAUCGCAAUCAGUAAAGUAGCCCCCCGUGUAAUCCAACGAGAGAGCAUAUAGUGCAGCUCGUGCACCUCUAUCUAGGACCAAUUUGCUGCUAUGCCUUGGGUGGCCGCCUGUAUCAGUCUGCUGGCCGAGCCUCUGCUUAGCUACUGUCUCACCGUGCGCGAUUUCGCCUUGCAAGCUGGCAUUCUGCAUCCCCAGGUCUCGCAAUCGCUUAUCUCAUCCGUCAUGGACGCCCAAGAAGCUUCGCAAGAUAAGUCCGUGAGGAGCCCCGUCGUGUCGGGAGUGUCCAAGCCCCCACGCAAGUUCGCCGGGGUCGUCAUCGUCACUACAGGCUUGCCCGCCACAGGAAAAAGCCAAGUAGCUCAUUGUCUUCGACGAAGACUCAACUGGAAUGGCGAAUCUGCCAAAGUGAUGCGUGUCAGCGACUACCGGAGAAAACGGCAGGAACCGUACAUAUCCAAUGGAAUUUUUCGCCCGGAUCACGAAGCCUCAUCGGCUCUACUCGAUCUUGCUCAGCAAGACGCGAUGCAAGACUGCGCCUCAUGGCUCGCCGCUGGAAAUACCAUCGCUAUUUUGGACGCGGCCCUGGUCACGCGAAAGCAGCGCGCCGAGGUCUACGAAUACUUCUCGGGACAGUUGCACUACCGCGUGCUGUUCGUCGAGUGCGUCUGCGAGGACGAGGCGCUGAUCGAGGCCAACUGCCGGGAAAUCCUGCGCUACAGCCAGGACUACAAGAACGUCCAGGUGGCCGUGGGCCUGGAGGAGCUGCGCCUCAAGAUCGCCUACUAUCGCCAGCUGCACCAGCCCAUGGACGAGCCGUACUAUCCGCGCAUACGCCUCGACACGGCCAGCAUGGAGAUGAGCGCCAUCAAGCUCUCGGGCCACAUCGAGACCACCGUACUCGGCUACCUCGGUGGACUCUCGCUCAAACCGCACACCCUCUACUUCUCCAGGCACGGAGAGAGCGAGUUCAAUGUGCUGGGCAAGAUCGGCGGAGACGCCGUACUGAGCGCCCGUGGCGAACGCUACGCCCAGGCCUUGGCCAGUAAGAUCAACUCGAUGCACAUACCGGAUCUGCGAGUUCUGACCAGCCGACUGCGUCGAACCAUCGCCACGGCUCGCGGCAUCGAGGCCUCCCAGGAGCACGUGGCCGCCCUCAACGAGCUCUACGCCGGCGUCUGCGAGGGCCUGUCCUACGAGGAGAUGCAAGAAAAGUAUCCACAGGAGUUCGCGUGGCGCGACCAGGACAAGCUUCGCUACCGAUACCCGUGGGGCGAGAGCUACGUCGACACGAUGAAACGCGUCGAGCCGGUGCUCGUGGAGCUGCAGCAGUCGAGCAACGUCCUCGUGAUCUCGCACCAGGCCAUACUGCGCUGCAUAAUCGGCUACUUCUGCGACAAGCUGCCCGAGGAGCUGCCCUACGAGGAGGUGCCCCUGCACACCAUCAUCCGGCUGAGCAGUCAGGGCUUCGGCUACAAGCUCGAGUUCAUCAAGAUGGGCAUCGAGUGCGUCAACACGAUGCGCCAGAAGCCGCAGAACUGCAGCGCCACGCGCACCGCCGCCGACGCGCUCAUCACUGUGCCGGCACACUACGACAUUCCCGAUCCCUGGCGCAAUCCCGGCUCCGGCCCGACUCUCGUCCAGCAGCACUGAGUGCAGGAGGAGGACACGCCAGCCCGGCUCUCCGCUUCCGAGACCCGAUGAUUUUUUCUUCUCUUUCUUCCUCCUUGCCUUGUGCCUCAAUUACCCUCGAGUCCAACUUGUACUUUCUCUAUUUUUAUUCUGACUCGCUCAAAAGUAACGACUUGCCAAACCUGACGGCCUUCUUGCGAUCGACAUUUAUCAAUCAUUUGCUUUUGCCUUCUGGCUCUUCUCUUUUCCGUUAAAAAGUUUUUCUCGACUUUUACUUAAAACUUUCAAACCAACGGGUCUAGGAAUUCUCUCGAGUUUUUUUUUCCCCGAAUGCUAAAUUUCAAAACAGCCUCGAAGCGUGAAACCCUCCGAGAAAAAAAUUAUUCAAUCAAUGCUCAAUUGUAAAUAGUCUAUUCGUGUAAACAAUUGUUGAAAUAUUUUCAAACUAUCUAUAGAUAUUACAAGUUUAUAUAAUAAUUGUUGGCUCUGCCGAUCUUUUAAUGGAAUUAACGCUAGAUGGGAAACCUUAACCGCGAGCCUCGAUUAUUUUUCAAAGUUUUAACUAUGCGUUCAAUUGUGAUGCAAUCGUGUUGUAUUACAUACAAUCGAGACAACAUUUCAAAAACAACUCGUAUUGUUAACUUUAGGCUAAGGACAUUAUAAACAUGAAUACAAAUUGUACGUAAUUUUAGAAAAUUGUUAAAAAAAAUUAUGUAGCAAGUUUUGACAAACAUCACUGAAAAUAGGAUUGAUUCUUAAUCCAACGAAAUUCAUAAUACGGAUAACUAAAUUAUAAGCAAUUUCUAGUAUACAUUGAUGGAAGAGCUUUGUAGAACAAAAUUAAUACAAUGUAUAUUAGAUCGUUAUUUUUUCGCCAAAUUAUGAACAAGUUCUACAAAUUGAGAGUUCAACUAAUCGUAUUUAUCAGAUAGACGCGGUUUCUAAAAAUUUUCUCAAAUUUUAAAAGAACUUAAAAUGCAACGGAAUGAUGAAAACUUUAAUAUAUUUGACCGUAGUAAAACAAAAAAAUCUUUCAUAUGUUUGUAAACAUAAGCGCUCAAAAUCUAAUUUAGUGCGUAACUUGUAUUUAUUUGUAUAACUGAGUACCUGGUAUUAAAAAGUAUUCAAAUUUGUAGCGUUUGUAAUCGCUACAAUUUGUUUAUAUGAAUGAGUAACUGUUAUUAAAGAGUAUUCAAGUUUGUAGUGUUUAUAAUCGAAUAUAAGAAUCAUAUUUUAUUUUUAGUACAGCAUAAACACGCAUAAUUGUUAAAGCCAAACGAAUCUUGUGAGUAGUUAAAGGCUACCUUAAAUAAAUAUUUUUUUAUUAAGAUUAAAAAUAUAGAAAAGUUAAGAAAAGUAGGCAUCUUAUGAGUUGCAAAACUUCUAUAAAUUUUUUUUAUUAUUAUGUCAUAUUUUUUAUAGGACAUCAUUAUUUUAUUUAUAAUAAUUCUACUGUUGAAGAAAGCAUUGAUACUCACUUUUACGUGACUAUCACACAUACUUAUUCGUGCAAAGAAGAAAAGUGAAUGAAUAAUGUAACUGACAAGAUUGAUUUUUUAUUUGUCAAGGAUAACAUACUUGUUGAUGACUUGAGUUGUAUCGUUGAACGGAAAAUGUAUAAUUAAGUUACAUAGUCAUAAUGUGAAUUUUUUAUUAUGAAAUUACCAAUAGAUAUUUUUUUAUAAAAUUUUAUUAUGUACAAUUUAUUCUUUACCUUUGACUAUUCCUAACAAAUUUACAAAAUUAUUUAUCCUAAUAAAAUCUUAAAAUUUAAUUUAA